UCGCAGCCACGCACACACCGACGCACCUAGACACAUUCACGUGCGAUUUGCAAAACAACGCUUCGGCCAGUGAAAUCCGCGCGCGGUUUCGUCCCUCGCUCCAUCCCCAAACAUCUCCUUCAAAGUGUGCACAUAUUUAUUGUUUAUUUCUUUUUUUAUUUUUCAUUUUUUUUUUCACUAAAACCCUGAAAAACUGUUAAAAAUAUCCUACCGUGAGGACACAGCUGGCUCGCUGCUUUUCAUACGCAACGAAAUACCGAGCUCUCAAUAUGGGCGACAAAACUUUCAAUCUCACGUGGAAUAAUCAUCUCGCCAAUCUGUCAGGACUUUUCGAAGCCCUGUACAAGAGCGGAUCUCUCACAGACACGACCUUGGCCUGUCAGGGUGGAAUGUUACGAGCCCAUAAACUCGUACUGGCGGCCUGCAGCCCUUACUUCGAAAGGGUGUUCAAAGAGCAUCACGGGGAACAACCGAUACUCAUUUUAAAAGGUGUUCCACUCGAAGAAAUGGAGUGUCUAUUGGAUUUCAUGUAUCGAGGCUCGAUAAACGUUGCGGAAGAGCAUUUGCCAUCGCUGAUAAAGACGGCUACAGAUUUGGAAAUUCGUGGAUUAUCGGGGGACGAGAGAACGGAAAAUGACAACGUUUAUUCGCGGGUCGAAGUCGAAGCGAGGGUGCGAGCUUGUCCAAUGGAAGCGAGAUUUGAUAAUUAUACGAAACUGGGCGACCAUUCGAUCGCGGCUGAUUGCAUAAAACUCGAGGAAAUCGAAGUCGAAGAUGAUCCGAUGAUCAUGGAGACUCACGAGGACGAUGCUUUCGAGGAAACUUUGCAAUCAGUGACCACGAAUUCGAAACAGCAAAUUAAACACGUACCAGCCCCAAUGUUCAAAAGACAGAUACGGUACGACGGCCAAAAAAGAGUUUCCUUGGCUCGUCCGAUACCCGGAAGAGAAAAGGACGAAAACCAAACGAAAAGGAUUAGGUGGGACGCGAAUAUCGUGUCCAAUGAUUCGAACCGAGAGGACGAUUGCGAUAACAAUUCUGGAUCACCUUCUGGUAUGGACAACGAUACGGAACUCUCGAAAUCGGAUCACCUUUCGAACAAUGGAAGCUUCGAUCCAACGGUGCCAGCUAUUCAGAUGCACGAGGAUACGAUGCUUGAACGUGAUCAAAAUUCUAUGGAGCUCAUGAAUUCACAAGACAGCGAAAGUUUCGACGAAGUAGAUGCUGCGAACGUAGCUGGAAAAAAGAAAAAUUUGUCUGACUUGGCGAAGAAAGAAACGAACCUGAGCCAACAAAGUUCCCUCACGAUAACCGAGAAAAAAGUCGCUGGAAAAAGGGACAAAUCUCAGUACAAACCGUUUCCCUGUGAUCUCUGUACUUUCGCAUUCACUCGAGCAUCCCACUUGGCCAGACAUCGCAGAGUUCACACGGGAGAAAGACCAUUCGUGUGCAGCCUUUGCCCUCGAAUGUUCGCCAGACAAGACAAGCUGAAGCAACAUUUGGACUCCCAUUUGCAAUGGCCGAAAAGAAAAAAUUUCUCGAAUCUCGCCGAUGGCGAAGUUCAAGGUCAUAUGAUACAACUUACCUCGAUACCCGGGGGCGCAGCUUCGUCCGAAAACGUAGCCCACGUCACAGUGUUGAAAGGUAAACGUGGCAGACCGCGAAAAAUUUACACCAGAAUUCCAUUGAUGGAAGGACAUUUGACUCCUUCAAGAGACGACUGAAUAUAUCCCUCGAGGAUUCCUCGUCGUUGAAUUGCGUCCGAGACACGAAUCGAGUUAACUGAUCAACCGGAAAACUCCAAGAUUAUUGAACCAUCCAAAAAUAGUAGGAAAAAAUGAUAUAUCUGCGAGAGCUUGGACGGGUUAUCGGAUGCAAAUUGAAAUCUGGUCAAUUUAUACAAUUUUACCAUUUUCGUAAACUCGAACGUGCUUUCACAGAUUCCCGAGUUAUUUCUCCACGGGAAAACGAAUAGCAACAAUUUUUUAUGAUCCGGACCAAGCUGAAGUAAAGUGGGCCAAAGUAUUGGAUAAACGCGGUAGCUCCAAACGUUAAAAAACUAAGCAAUCACUGCGAAUCGAUUCCUCAGUUUUAGUGCUUCGUUCGCAAAGAUUCGAUCGUCUUAAUUUCGUCGCAUAUCAUUGAAAUUAGCGAAAUAGUACGUUUCUCCUCUUUCUCACGUUCAACGGUGAGCGUUUCUCGAUCGUUGCGUUUAACGAUAUCUUCCAAAGCCACUUUCUUCAUCAAAUUCCACAUUAACGAAUAAAAGUAGGCCUCCGAUUCACAUUCGACUUCAGAACGUGUCCAACGCUCUGAAGCGCAUUUCAACGAUUAUCUAAUUCUGAGUUUCCCUCAUUUUGAGCUGGUGACCAACGGUUGAAAUCGAAAUCGUUCCAAUAGCGAGCGAUCAGUUUUCCAGAGUACCAAUCGGAAAAUUUCCCACAGUUUUCCAUCGUCAUUAGGCACACCAUCCACUUUCACGUUGUCAUUCAUUGACAAAAAUCAUCCAUCGAAAUACUCGGUAGAGUCUCAGGUCGCGUCCACCGACAGCUCCGUCGUCUGAUUUCCUGAUCAUUUACCGACCGAUUAUUUGAUCUGAAAAAUGAAUCUUCGAUUAAAAUACUCGAACGUUUCGAGCAAGAGACUGUGUUAAGACAGAAUUCGUUUUUAUUUCAGAAACGAGAUAAAGAUUAGCUUCAAAUAUUUUCUCAUAUUACAUUAUAAAACGACGAAUCAUUGCUAUUGAAGUUUGCGUCGUUGCAACCCAACGAUAAAAUGCAUUGCCGAGUACUUUCCGAGUAGUCGAAAUUUACGGUUGGAGACUUUCUUCAAGUUUUCCAAAAGUUUUCGCCGAUUUUUUAGCCCGAAAACGCCCAUGUGUUGGGCACUAUUGAGAAAAUGACAUUUCGCCGAGUUCCAACGAUUCAAACUUCGAAUAAUCUAUACAUAAAUAUAUACAAACGUAUGUGUAUAUAUGUUACACAGUGUUUCAUGUGUAUAAAUUUCCAUUCGUGUGAGAUAACGCCGAUCGAAUAAUCAUAUACGUCGAGUACAAAUGUCCAAAUAGUCGAAAUGAUGAGCCAUUAUUUUGGGUGAGCAUAUUACGUCCGUCGAGAAGACAUUACAGGUAUCACUCGUACCCGAGAAAAAAAACGUUUAUAGUUAUAUGUUAUAUUGUUCGGUAUAUUUGAUGGCGAAAUCCAAAAUGGAAGAGCAAAAAUGCGUGUGACGUACGAAUAUGAAAUGAUUUGUUCUCUUCCCAGAAUUUCUGGUCUAGUCUAUUAUUACUAUAGUGUAUAAGAGAAAUAAAUCAAUGGACUGUACGUGAAAUACCAAAAUGUAUCGUCGUACGUAAAAAAUUAGUAGAAAUAUUUGUCGCGAGGGAGUUCAAAGUGUUCCGAAAUUUCGAGAAUUUUUAAAUUUCAUUGAAACAAACGAAUUUCUUCCCUGUUUCAAUGGCGGCUGCAAGUGCAAUUUUUUUUUUGUUAUAUGUAAAACUUAUGAUUGUUAUUUUUUGAAAAUCGAUGGCUAGCGUCGCCGUUGUCGAUGGAGCAAACAAACAAAACUUUUCGUACUCGAAAAGUUACGUUCAGAAACUUCAUUCCGAGGGUCGUUCAGGGUUUGCUUUCCCUGGUCAGUGCAAUACCCAUUCGUCUAUUAUAUAUUAAGACUCGGAUCAUGGGGCUUUUGAACGUUACUCUUAUUAUUAUAGCGUGGAUCUGUGUUCGAGGCGCUUUACGUUGAAAUUUCAUUCCAAAACUCUAAUCAAUUUAUUUACUGCAAAUAUUUCACCGGUGUUAUUCGCUCUUUGGAGGUUAAUUGUGUAAACAACCCCGACCAAACUUUUGAUUCGAAGCCAAACUAGUUUGGCCAACCCGAUUUACAGGGAAAACUAGCUUAAAAAGAACGCUCUGUUUUUUAAUCGUUUUUUCACGACUAGCUAGUUUGGCCUGUCGACUUUUGGUGAGGAACUAAUAUAAGAUGGAUGAGCCAUUGUUCGAUCUGGAAUCAUGUUUAGCCGGUAAUAUCAUUUGAGUUGAUGAAAAACGACAGUAAAAUUGAGAACCCCUUAAAAUGAUAUGUUCACUUCGAAAUCAAACUUUCAUGUAAAAAGCCUUGUAUAUAGCCAUCUUAGAGAAAGACGAAAAAUACGUUGAGUUUUUUCCAUUUUUACGUUGAAUACUAUUGUGUUAUAUUGAGUUUGUUUUAUCAGCGUCGAGCUUGAAACUUUAGUGCAAUUUUAGGAUUUAUACAACCGUACAUAUUUGUCGAAUUUACUUUUUGGUACUGAGAGCCCUCUAUUCGUACCUCGUAAUUGUAACGAUCUUUUGUGCAAUUCUAUACGAUAUUCCUACACAAUAAAACAAACGCAUCGUCGCAUGCAAAACGAA